AUGGAGAGAGACAGGCCGUUUAGUUUCAAGCUGUUAUUACCCCCACGAACCAAAUCAGGACCUUUAAAUGCAGUUAAGCCGCAAGAGUUUUCUAUGGACAGCACUUGUGAUAUCGUGGCAGCGUCUCAGGGUCAUAAUAAAGGCUUAGACAAGGAGUCAAGCUUGCUAUAUCCUUCCACCAAUAUGGUGAUAUCUACAAAAUCUAUUAAAACAGAUGCAGCAAAAAGAGUUGCCGUGUCACCAGUGGAGAGGGAGGAGACAACACUGACAUCCAGGCAACUGUAUUCCAAACUUCUUGAAGAAGCUGAAAAAAUAAAAUCCUGGAAAUUGAAAACAGACUCUGAUAUUUCACAAAAAGAUCGAACACUCCAGGAAAACAAAAGAACAAUUGAGACUCAGCGCAAAGCCAUUCAGGAACUGCAGUUUGGCAAUGAGAGCCUCAGCAUGAAAUUAGAAGAUCAAAUCCAUGAAAACGAAGAGCUACAGAAUAAAAAUAAUGCAGCAUGGAAUUUGUGUAAUAUUCUUAAGGAAACGUUUGAAAGAUCAGCUGAGAAAAUGAACCUAUUUGAAUCUGAAAGAGAAGAAACACAUCAUCUUUUCAUGCAGAACCAUAAUGAAAUUCAGAGAAUGACUACUGCAUUUGAACAGCUUUGUCUGCAAGCAGAAGCUGAGCAUCAGGAGAUGGUAAAAGUCCGAGAAGAUCUUCAAAUAUUUGAAGAUCUCAAAAUAAAACUUGAGAAUGAGAUUAACAUGAAACAAGAGAAGGUUGCGAUGUUACAGACCAAAUUAAGUGAUAAGGACAAUGAACUAAGUAAAAUUCUACUAAAGCUUCAAGAAGCUCAGGAGAGUUGCAGUCGCCUUCAUGAAACUAUAAAUCAGUUGUGGGAGGAGUCCAAGAAUGUACAAAAUAAGCACAAGGAGGAGCUGAAAAAACUCCAGGAUGAAGUUUUGACCAAAUCCACCUCUGAGGCCCAGCUCAAUGAAGAGAGUCAGUAUGACAAGUUGGUUCAAGAGAAGGAUGCAGAGUUGGAUGAGAAAAGGAGGAAAGAGGCUGAAAUGUUAACAAGUAAAACAUCACUGGCACAGCUGGAACAAGAAAUUGUGACCUUGAAGAAGCAAAUUAAUGUUCCCAGAAAAGACAAGAUUCAACAGGUGCUGUGUUAA